AGACUGUAUUAUUAGUAAUAAUUUCUUAUUUGGAAUGUUCUUUCUUUUUUAUUUUACAAUGAAGUAACUGCAAACUUUGGAGCAGUGUGAAAAUGUUGUUGUCAACAAAGAUAACGGUGGAUGAACCUGAGCAAAGAAGCAACGACCGUUUAUUGAAUUUUAGACUUCUUUUCUACGGACUAUCAAGUAUCCAUUGGAUAAUAGCUGCUGUGGUGCUUUUACCUAUAGACUUCUCAGUAGACGAAGAUCCAAAGAUCCAGAUUUAUUCUACUUUGAGAUUUAAAUUUAUAACUACUUGGUUUAAUUUAAUGUUAGGACUAUAUUUACCACUGUGUCUGUACUGCGAUUGGAAAGAGAAGUGCAAUCAGGAGAAUUUACCACAUGUAGUUGUGUGGAGAAAAGUUCGGGAUGUUCUGUUCACGUCCAUAAUGUUUCCAACUAUAAUGUUCGCAGAUAUACUGUUUUGGCGAUUGUACUACAAGGACAUGAGCCUAAUAGCACCAGUAGCUUUGUUCGCAUACGUGCCAGACUGGAGUCAACACUCACUUCACACUUUCACUUUAGUAUCAGCCCUCGUAGACCUAUGUGUGGUGUUCAGACAACGACCUAAGAGCUUAAAGCCUAGGUUUAUGCUCAUGUCGUGCUUUUUCCUUACGUAUACGCUCGUAGUCUGGCAGAGCUACAUUAACGGAAUCAUGGUGUACUCGUUGUUGGGAACAUUUACCGGAUUUCAGAUUGUAUUAUUAAUAGUAAUGUCUUAUUUGGAAAUGUCAUUCUAUUUUAUUUUACAGUGGCAUGUAAUUGAUUAUAUAUGGGGUAAACCUAAAAGUUAAUAGGUAAUUAAUUUAAAUGCAUUUGUGGCCAAAAAAUCCGAGUGGUUUUUGCCAUUAGCCAACUGUAAAUAAAAAAUAAUUCUUUUGCAAUGUGUCUAUGGUCAUUUUAAAAAUAAUAUUUUAGCGCGCAUGUUAGGAACAUGCGGGAAAACUUUGCUUUGUAAUUAUAGGUAUAAUUGUACUCGUAGUUGUACAGGUGUCGUAUUUCAGCAUUAUAAUAUCACACAUAUUUAUCAAGCUGUCAAAAACUACUGCAGUUAGAUUGGAAUGUGAACACUCAUCCAUUUCAUUUGUUUCGGUCUUUACAAUAUUCUUUGAAUGGAUUCAACUUUGAUAGUUGAUAGCGAAGAGAUUAUGAAAUAACGGCUUAUUAGUGUAGGAAUUAGUAGAAUAGUGUAAUAAAAAGGUGGGAUGACGAUGAAGCAGGUCAGCAUCGUCGCAGGCUCUGACUACGCCCGACAGGCGUGAUGAUAUCGUCGGCUAAAUUUGAAAACCUCGUAACUCCGUUUUUGGAAUACCUUUUUUUACUCUUCAAGAUAAAUAUCGGGUAAUUAAGGCUAGAAAUAUAAUUCCUGGAAUCUUUUUUAUUGUGCUUACUAAAAAGUACACAUUAAUGAACGCAGGUAUGAGGUUUAUGAAUUUUGCCGACGAUAUUAUGUAUGUAACUGUCAAUUUGUAUAAUAAUCAAACUGCCUAUAUAUGUAAUGACGUGAACCGCUGGAGGUCGCGAGUUGUUCCUUCAUCUCAUUCUACUAAUAAAUAGCCAUAACUCAAUUAUAAUUAUUCAAUUAGUCAAUUAUUCAACACUGAAAACAUGUGAUAGUAUAAUAUCGUCCCUGGAAAGGCAAAAGUAUUAAAGCGCCAUUUUGGUUCUUGAAGGUUAGGUCUAGUUCCCAUUAUAGACUGGCGAAUUUUCCGGGAAUCCGGCACUCGGACUAGGUUCACAUUAAGCCGGAUUUCUCAAGAAAAUCGACGACUAAAGUCCUCACCUCAGUCGAAUUCAGACCACUGCGCAAGAUAGACGACGAAAUGGUGGUGUUUUGGUGGUAU